CAAAGUUUGUCCUCAUCGCUUGCCUGGCAUCCGUCGCCGCUGCCCGCCCAGACACGCCCCGCGACGGCUACAGCUACGAGGCCCCUGCGCCGAAGUACUCUGCUCCUCAUGCAAAGUACGAGAAAGGAAUGCCGUUUGACUUUGCGUACGGAGUAGUAGACCACUACAGCGGCAACGACUACUCCCACAACUCCAACUCAGACGGCAACGUCGUCAAGGGCGAAUACCGCGUCGUUCUUCCCGACGGCCGCACUCAGAUCGUCUCCUACACAGCCGAUCACGAGACUGGCUAUGUGGCUGAGGUCAGCUACGAGGGCGAGGCUCAGUACCCCGAAACCAAGCCCUACCAGCCAGCCUCUGCUUACUCUGCCCCUGCUCCUGCAUACAAAGCCCCAGACCAGACUUAUGGCACUCCUGCCCCUGUUUACGAAACCCCGGCACAUCUCUAUGGAGCGCCAUCUCACUAAUCAUGGAUAAUCAUCUCUAUCUUCGUAUAUUUAUUUCGUGAACUUAAAUAAUAUUGAAGCAUAAUGAAACGCCAUUUUCUUUUAUAUUUAUCCAAAACACAAUUUUGUAAUGCAUAAACCUUUUUAUGAGCUGAAGCAUAAUAAAAAAACAUUCUAUAUGAA